AUGAACAAAGGCUUAGUGGAGUACCAGAUAAUGGUACUGGUAUUUGGCAAUACAACUUCACCUGCAAUUACAACUUAUGCACUCAGAAAGACAGUGGAAGAAAGUGACAGUGAUGUGAAAAACCUUAUAGUGAAAAACUUUUACGUGGACGACGGUUUGCUGUCAACUCAAACAGUUCAGGAAGCAGCAGAUUUGAUAAAGAGAACUAAGAAGGAUUUGGCAGAAAAGGGAAAUUUGAAAUUUCAUAAGAUCGCUUCAAACAGCUUGGAACUAAUGAAUCACUUCCCUAUCCAAGACUUCUCAAAGGAAGUCCAGGAUAUCAAUUUCACAGAAGAGUACUUACCAUUUCAUCAGAUCCUUGGACUAACAUGGAACUUACAAACUGACAGUUUUAUGUUCAAUAUGUAUUUAGAGACAAAACCGUUUACAAAACGAGGUAUUCUGUCAGUGAUCAACAGCAUAUUUGACCCGAUUGGUUUCAUCGCACCAGUGAAGAUCAAAGGAAAAAUGCCACAUUUGUUUUCUUUACAUUAA